CCGCCAUAAUCGUAGGCAUCCGAACUUGAGCAGCGUGAAGCGGAAAAACGAUAUUUCUUUUACAAAGCGAGCCCUUGAAUUCAAAUUCAACGAUUUACUCGUACGGGGCAUUCUGGGCUCACCGUUGAGUCCUUCUCAAAGCUGGCGAGGCACUGCAAUAGACAACUCAUAGCUUUCAGAAUUGACUCUCCAUUCAAAUUCGGCACUGCAUCUUCACGAAACUUAACCAUCUCUACCCAAUGCAGAAAGGAGUCCAGGGACCAUGGACUUGGGUGUCUCGUCAACCACCCAAAUCCAGAAAUCUCUGUCUUUUUACAGAAAGGCUUCUCAGAGAUCACCGAUGGCAUGACGGGAAGAGCAGUGCAUGCGAUAUGCAUAAAGGAAUCCCAUUUAGACAUUUUCCACAGCAAUACCUUGAUCAGCAUGUACUCGAAGUUUGGCGGUGUUGGGCGUGCCCGUUACGUGUUCGAUCAAAUGCCCGAGAGAAAUGAAGCGUCUUGGAAUAACAUGAUUUCUGGGUACGUUCUAACGGGCCGGUACUACGAUGCAGUUAGACUAUUCAUUGAAAUGUGGGGUCUAGGGGUUGAGGCAAACGGGUAUACUAUUGCUAGUAUAUUGACUGCAUUGAGUAGGUCCGAAAGUAUGGUUCUUGAAGGAUAUCAAAUUCAUGGUCUACUCUUGAAGUACGGAUUGUUAUAUAAUGUUUUUGUGGGUACUUCGGUGCUGCAUUUUUAUGGUGUUUAUGGGCUUAUUUCUAAUGCUAGAAUAUUUUUUGAGGAAAUGCCUGAGAAGAAUGUGGUUACUUGGACUUCAAUGAUGGUUGCAUGCUCCAAUAAUGGAAAAUUGGAGCAAGUUAUUAGUUUGUACAAGCAAAUGAGGCAUGAAGGGGUUAGUUGUAACCAAAACACCUUCACUGCAGUUAUUACUUCUUGUGGCUCUCUCGAAGACAACUCUUUGGGUCAUCAAGUGCUAGGUCAGAUUGUAAAGUCAGGAUUUGAUGAUAAUGUUUCAGUAGCUAAUGCUCUUAUUUCAAUGUUUGGUAAUUUUAAUUUUGUCAAAGAGGCCUAUUGGGUUUUCGAAGGCAUGACUGGUAGAGACACUAUAUCAUGGAAUUCAAUGAUAUCUGUGCUAGCACAUAAUCAACUUUGUGAGGAAGCAUUUAGAUGUUUCGACUUUAUGCGCCGUGACCAUGAUGAUAUAAAUUCCACUACACUUUCUUCCUUGUUGUCAGCCUGUGGUUCUGUAGAUAAUAUAAAUCAUGGUAGAGGAAUUCAUGGUUUGGUGAUGAAAUUGGGAUGGUAUUCGAAUAUAUGUGUUUGUAACACUCUUAUUUCAAUGUAUGCUGAUGCUUUAAGAUAUUCAGAAGCUGAAAAUUUGUUCCAGAACAUGGCAGAGAAGGAUUUGAUUUCUUGGAAUUCCAUGAUGGCUGGCUAUGUUUUGAAAGGAGACUACUUCAAUGCCUUGAAAGUGUUGACUGAGUUGCUUCACUUAGGAAACACAGUAAACCAUGUGACCUUUGCUAGUGCAUUGGCUGCUUGUUCAGAUGCUGAGUAUCUAACUGAAGGGAAGAUAGUUCAUGGACUUGUUAUGACAUCUGGGCUCCAAGAAAAUUUGAUAGUUGGCAAUGCAUUAGUCACCUUGUAUGGAAAAUGUGGCAUGAUGUUGGAAGCUGAAAAAGUGUUUUUUAAAAUGCCAGAAAAAGAGUUGGUUACUUGGAAUGCACUAAUUGGUGGUUAUGCUGAUAAUAAUGAAACUAUUAAUGUAGUGAGAACUUUUAUACUGAUGAGAGAGAGUGGUGAACCUGCAAACUACAUUACAAUAAUAAAUGCUCUUGGAUCCUGCUCAUCUUUGUUUGACCUCCUGAAUACUGGAAUGCCAUUGCAUGGAUAUAUAAUUGUAAAUGGUUUUGAGAAAGAUGAGUAUGUGAGGAACUCACUCAUAGCGAUGUAUGGUGAGUGUGGAGAUCUCAAGUCAAGCAACUUUAUAUUUGAUGAGGUGGUUUACAAGUCUUUUGUAACAUGGAAUGUCAUGGUUUCUGCAAAUGCUCACCAUGGCCACUGGGAAGAGGCUUUGAAGCUUCUGCUCAAUAUGCAGAGGGCUAAAGUAGAGUUAGAUCAAUUCAGCCUUUCUUCUGGCCUUUCAGCUGCAGCAAACUUGGGUAGUCUGGAAGAAGGCCAACAGCUUCACUGUUUGACUACUAAACUUGGUUUUGAUGCAUACCAUUACAUCAUAAAUGCUACAAUGGAUAUGUAUGGAAAGUGCGGUGAACUGACAUAUGUGCUUAAAAUGCUCCCAAAACCAAAUAUGCGUUCAUGUUUGUCUUGGAACAUACUGAUGUCUACUUUUGCCAGACAUGGACUUUUUAAUGAAGCGAGGGAAACCUUUCAUGAAAUGCUUAAGCAUGGUGCAAAGCCUGAUCAUGUCACUUUUGUCUCUCUUCUGUCUGCAUGUAGUCAUGGGGGUUUAGUGGAUGAGGGUCUCACACAUUUUGCUUCGAUGACUAUUGAUUUUGGGGUCCCAGUUGCUAUAGAACACUGUGUGUGCAUUGUUGAUCUGCUUGGAAGAUCAGGAAGACUUGCUGAAGCAGAAGCAUUCAUCAAUGAAAUGCCGGUACCCCCAAAUGACUUUAUUUGGCGGAGUUUGCUGGCAGCAUGUAGAAUGCAUGGGCAUGCUGCACUGGCAAAGAAAGCUACUGACUAUCUUCUUAAAUCUAACCCCGCUGAUGACUCGGCUUAUGUUCUGUAUUCAAAUGUCUGUGCAACAUCCGGAAGGUGGCAGGAUGUCCAAAAUGUUAGGGCCAAGAUGGAAUUAGGCAACAUAAAAAAGCAGCCAUCUUGCAGUUGGGUUAAAAUGAAGGACAAAAUUUGCACUUUUGGUAUUGGAGACCAGUCCCACCCAUUGUCUGAGCAGAUUUACGACAAACUAGGGGAAUUAAGAAAAAAAAUUAAAGAAGCUGGAUAUGUCCCUGAUACGAGCUUUGCAUUGCACGACACAGAUGAGGAACAGAAAGAGCACAAUCUGUGGAGCCAUAGCGAGAGACUUGCACUAGCCUAUGCUUUGAUUGCUACCCCUGAAGGUUCAAAGCUCCGGAUUUUCAAGAACCUACGAGUCUGUGGCGAUUGUCAUUCUGUUUACAAACUUGUAAGCAACAUAGUCAGGAGAGAAAUCAUAUUGAAGGAUCCUUAUCGGUUUCACCAUUUUAGUGGUGGCAGGUGUUCUUGUGGCGAUUAUUGGUAAUCACUAAUCACACCUACUCGUUAUCAUGACUUGUCGGAGUUGUCUUGGCAAUCAACUAAAAUAUGUGAGUCGGAAGUUUUUUACGGAUGGAAUUAUGAGAUAUGAAAUUCAGUGAAGAUUGCAAUGCCACUGAAUUGGAGGCAGACCUGGCUUAUCUCACAAUACUUUGUUGGAAGGUUCAUUUAGGACCAACAUCAUUUGGGGUGCAAAUCUGAUUGGUGAAUUCCUAGAAAUUAUGUGGCUGAGGGUGCUAACAAAUAUCAGUUCUGUUCAGAAUAAGUGCAAGUUUGGGAGAGAUUCUCCUGUCAAGUGGAUUAAUUUCAAGGUAUGAAAGGACGUUGCAGAUUGUAUAUUGAGCAAGUGGCCAUGGUGGGUGCCUUUUCCCCUAUUCUGGAAGUAUGUAUAUGUAUAUGAUGGAUGGUUAUGGUAUCAGGAAGACGGUUUCUAUAGUGAGGUGGGUUAAGCCCCCAGGAUAUGUUCAAAUAAAUAUUGCAGCUCGUGGCAGUAGAAAGGGAGCUAUAAUUGUCUUUUUUUUUUUUUUUUUUCUAAGUUAGGUGAUCCUAGUUUCGUCGGACUAAUUUUAAGCCCACAGGACCUUGCCUCUAGAGCCUCUGCGGACGUAAAUCACAAGUCCCGCAAUUAGUCCACCGGUUAGAUCCUAAUCACAGAGAUCCAAUCCAGACCUUCCAGUAUCAUUUUCAUAUAAAUGUUUUCAAUGGGAUUCGAAUUCUCAUAUUGCUGUCUCCCGUCAUCAUGACCUUUAAAGUCAGGCAACGAAGUAACUACGAUAAGCCUCGGGGCGAAAGCUAUCAUUGUUAGGGAUGCAGAUGCUGUUUUGCUUGUGUUUGGCAGGGUUUGAGUUUGGAACUUUGGAAAAGGGAUUUAGGGGCUGCUGUUUAUGGCUGGAAGGAAGAUGAGCUUCGUUCAUGUAUUUGCAUAAUUUUUUUGAUGGAUUAUCAAAGGUCAGUUUUAAUCAGUGACUUGUCAC